AUGGCAGCCUCCGAGACGGUUAGGGUACGACUUCAAUUUGACUACCCGCCGCCGGCCACUCCACACUGCACGGUCUUCUGGCUUCUAGUUGACCUGAACAGAUGCCGAGUUGUCACAGAUCUCAUCAGUCUCAUCCGCCAGCGCUUUGGCUUCAGUUCCGGGGCGCUCCUGGGCCUCUAUCUGGAAGGGGGGCUUCUGCCCCCUUCCGAGAGCGCGCGCCUGGUGAGAGACAACGACUGCCUCAGGGUUAAGUUAGAAGACCAAGGACUCCCUGAGGCUUUGAUAGUAAGCAAUGGCGGCGACUCUAAUUUCCCAUGUAGGAAAUCAAAGAAGCGGGCUUUUAAGUUGGUGGAGGACGAGGAGACGGACCAGGGUUACAAGUACCCUGACAAGUACUGGAAGAGGCAGGAGGACAGCGGCCCUAAUGAGAAGGCCUCAGACCUGGAGACAAAACUCUUCCCAGACGAGGUGCGGCGGACAAAGAACAAGAGAAAAAGCAAAGUGGCAGGCAUCCCUGCUGAGGAGGACGAGGAAGAGACCAAAAAGAAGUCUUCAAAAAGAAAGGAGAAAUGUGAACAGAAGAAGCAGACCAGGGCCUCCAAGUCUCCCAAACAACAGACACAUAAAGAGGGAGGCUCACAGAACUGCAGCUUCCCCAGGGCCUCCUACAGAAGCAGCCUUGCUAAAGCCCGGAGGAGAAGCAGCACAGGGGCAAAAGGUAGUCCAAGCUACCUGUCAGAGUCUGAGUCCUGUCCAGACUCAGUCAGUGAUGGCCACUGCAGUGUCACGACGAUGCAGGGGGUCACCUUAUCAGAGAAACUGUCAGCUGAGCUGUUGAAAGACGGAGCUACAAAAACUGCAGCUGCCAACAGACAGUCCUCAAAGCCUAGCUUCACCUUCAGCUCCGGCAAGGGCAAGGCCUCCAGAGCCUCGUCUUCCAGUUCAGACUCCAGUUCAGAGUCAGAAGACCAGUUCCUGGUGUCCAAGAACAUGCUGGAGGGCGCAUCUGACUUCUUAAAGACAACAGGCCUCUUUGCAGGGCAAGGGUGUUCCAGUCCAGGGCUGUCUUUGGAGACUCCGGGUAUUAUGGGAUGGAAGCCUUCUGACUCAAACAGAGGCAGACAGGCUCCUGGUCCCAACGUGCCUGUCCCCACCAGUUUGGGAAGAGGAUGGGGGCGAGGAGAGGACUUCUUGUUUGGGAAGGGACUGAGGGGCCGGGGUAUUCGGGGCCGAGGGCGAGGUCGAGGUCAGACUGUCUCCUGUAUCUUAAAUAGAAGCUCUGAGAGCCAGAAGCAGAAACAGUUAAAUGAUAUUCUAACCAACUCAUCCACGGUGAUCCAGAAUCCAGUAGAGACCUCCAAGAAGGACUAUAGUCUGUUACCACUCUUAGCAGCUGCCCCUCAAGUCGGAGAAAAGAUUGCCUUCAAGCUUUUGGAACUUACAUCCGACUAUUCUCCUGAUGUCUCUGACUACAAGGAAGGAAAAAUAUUAAGCCACGAUCCAGAGACCCAGCAAGUGGAUAUUGAAGUCCUCUCCUCCCUACCGGCUUUGAAAGAACCUGGGAAGUUUGAUUUGGUCUAUCACAAUGAAAACGGAACCGAGGUGGUGGAAUACGCUGUGACGCAGGAGAAGCGGAUCACUGUGUUCUGGAAAGAGUUGAUCGAUCCGAGACUGAUUAUUGACUCUUCAAGUAGCAUCUCAAGUAAAUAAUGUGUCUGCAAAUACCCUCUGACCUUGCCGCCUUGAAUUCUAUAAUUGUUUGUGACCGUGGUUAUAGCCUGAAGUUUUUAAAAAGAAGGCUAAAUGUUGUUUAGACUUUUUGUUAUCUUCACUUUACCAUAUUAGGAAAAAAAAAUCUACCUCAUCAUUUAGAGUAACGAAGUUGCUAGUAUGUAGAUCCUUAUUUCCUUCGGGCUAAGUUCAGUAACCCAUUUGAAAAACCGGGUGCAGACCAGUAAGACAGUGCGCUUGACUCCUCCCCACCUGUCCGGCUCCCAGUAGCAAUCAUCAGUAGGAGUUUACAGUGCCACACCCAAGAAUGUGCUGUGCGUCUUGUCUUGUUUUUAAGUCACUUUAAACUACUAAGGCAUGUUUCUUGACUUAAUUUUUAACACGUGAGCUGUUCUGUUACGCACAGAGCAUCUCCCACAUUCCACACAUUUUAUGCUUGCUAUCCUCGAGAGUUAGUGGAGUUGGAUUUGUCGGGGCGACAGGUUACAGAGUCCUUUCACAUCUUCCAGCUGGAAAAUACAGGGCCCUUAGGACCCUGUGCCGACUGCAGUGGGGAGACAUGGUUGUUGUAUCAUCUGGAGAAGACAUGGUCUCCCAGAAGGCUGGCCAUGAACCUCAGACCAGGCUGGGGCAAGUGACCUUGUCACACAGUGCCAGGAACUUGGCUUCUCAUACUGAAGUGAGGAUCUUAAACAGAAAUGUCCUUUUCUGUUAUUAUCCACCACGAAGCUAAAGGCUGAAUAUAAACUGCAAAUUGCUUUCUUUUAAUGAAAACUCAGAUCCCUCCUUCAGCCUUGCAGAUUUUUAAAUAAAACCAUAUCAAACUCAA